AUGAGCUUUGGGAAGACCAACUACCGCGUCGGCGGAACCCGCGGUGGCCAAGACCAGUUCAAGUGGGACGAUGUCAAGAACGACAAGUACCGCGAGAACUACCUGGGCCACUCGCUCCAGGCACCCGUCGGCCGCUGGGCCAAAGGCAAGGACCUCACGUGGUAUGCCAAGACCAAGGCGGAGCAAAGCGCGGCGCUCGCUGACGAAAUAGCGCUUGCUCGGCAGCGCGACGAGGACCUUAUGAACGAAGCGCUUGGUAUUGCACCCAAGCAGCGGCGUCAAGUCGGAGGUCUCGAUGCGAACGAGAUGAAGGAGCUCCUCCGCCGUGGCGUGACGGAGCGAGGCGAUGGCGACGCCGAGCGUGUCCAAGGCGUUGGCGCUGCUCACUUUGUCACGGGGUACGAAGACCCGAACUACCGCAAGACGACAAUGGCCGAGCGGUACGAGGCCAACUACGGCAAGGAAGACCUGACGUACGCGAUUCCUGGCUCGGCGACCGCGGGCGACGACAAGAAGCCCAAAAAGCUCAAAAAGGAAAAAAAGGAGAAAAAGGAAAAGAAAGAAAAGAAAGAAAAGAAAAAGGAAGCGAAAAAGGCGUCGAGCAAGCGGUCUCGAUCCCGCGACCGCAGCAGCCGACGAUCGCGGUCCCGAUCGCGCGACCGGAAGCGGUCGCGCCACGACUAGGCACGUUUCUAACUGCUGCUACUGUACACCAUCCCUUCCGAUAUCCCAAAGCUCUUGCAAGAAGGCACUAGGCGUGGUUACAGUCUAACGAACCGCGCUGCAUAGUAUUCCUUGCGACGUUCACACGCGUACCCUACCCCUCCACGAGUCGCUUGUGUCCUUCUGUC